AUGGGUUUCGUAGGGGUAUGCACCGCGGUCUACGAUUACCACCCUCAGAGCACAGGGGAGCUGGAGAUUCGGGAAGGAGAACUGCUAUAUAUCCUGGAGAAAAGCACCGAGGACGACUGGUGGAAAGCAAAGAAGAAGGCCAGUGGAGAUGACGAGGAUGAGCCCGAGGGCUUGAUCCCAAACAAUUAUGUGGAGGACGCAAAGCCCAUUUCGACUGCCAAAGCGCUGUAUGAUUACACAAGGCAAACCGACGAGGAAGUAUCCUUUACGGAAGACGCUGUGCUUGCUGUGUACGAUACCUCUGAUCCCGACUGGACACUGGUCGGCGUAGGUAACGAUUUCGGCUUUGCGCCCGCCAACUACAUAGAGAUUACUACUGGAGCUGCGCCAGAGUCUUCGAGCCCUCCCACACAGCAAUCUCCUCCAUCGACGGUGGAACCCGAUGUGUUCCCUCCUCCCGCCUCUCCGACAAGGUCGGCAGAGGAUCCUGCGGCAAAUCUGGCCCGAGUCCUCGGAGGAGGUGCUGCUUUGCCAGCAGCAGCCCGUCCGCCCGGCCCCCCUCCUCAAGAGUCCACCGCUGAGGUCUCUGACGGCGAGGAGGUUGCUCCUGCGCUGCCGCAAAGGCCCGCGUCCCAAACGAUUGCUCCGCCCUUGGCGCCGAUGCCAUCACACCGCGACCAAGAUUCUCGUGGGGUGCUCCCUUCCCCUCCAUACAAUCGUGCGCUGCCGAGGCCAGAAGAGGACGACGCUCCCAUCCGCUCGCCAGGCGGGUUUCACCUAUAUAAUGUUAAUGAGAUGGUUUCUGCCAUGGGCCGGCGGCGGAAGAUGCCGACCACUUUGGGCAUCAACAUCGCGACCGGUACCAUCAUGCUCUCGCCGGAGAAAUCAAGAGAUGGGCCUUCCCAAGAAUGGACCGCUGACAAGUUGACACACUAUUCGAUCGAGGGCAAGCAUGUUUUCAUGGAGCUGGUUCGGCCAAGCAAGAGCCUGGACCUGCACGCGGGGGCCAAGGACACCGCGGAAGAGAUUGUAGCUGCGCUUGGAGAGAUUGCAGGCGCUCACCGGGCCGAGGGCUUUCGCGAGGUUAUUGAAGCAGCCGCUGGAGGAGGGACUCACAAGAAGGGGCAAGUGCUGUACGACUUCAUGGCUCAAGGUGACGACGAGGUGACGGUUGCCGUGGGUGACGAGGUCAUCAUUUUGGACGACACAAAGUCCGAAGAGUGGUGGAAUGUAAGGCGCGUGAGAAAUGGCAAAGAAGGUGUCGUGCCGAGUAGCUACAUUGAAGUUACCGGCUUCGUCAACGUCGAGCCUCCUUCGCGGACGGGAGUCAAUGCUGGGCUUUCCUCCGUUGAGCAAAACCGGCUUGAAGAGGCGAGGCUCGCAAGAGAGGCAGCUCGUGUCGACAACGCUCAGCAGGACUCUGUUCACGGACGGACUCGCAGCGGAUCUGGCCAUGGCGCGCUCCCUCAGCGCGGUAGCAGCCUUGCUGACGACCAACCACAUCGGAGGGAGCGAAAAGACAAAGACGAUCGAAAAAAGAGCCGGUCGAAGCCUGAUCCUGCCAAGGUCAGGACAUGGACAGAUCACUCCGGAACCUUCAAAGUUGAAGCACAGUUCCUCGGUGUGGCAGAUGGCAAGAUCCACUUGCACAAAGUCAAUGGCGUAAAGAUUGCUGUGCCUGUGACCAAAAUGUCUCCAGAAGAUCUGGAAUAUGUUGAGAAGGUAACCAAUGAGUCGAUCGAAGAAAAUAUUCCAGUGGCUGAUCUGAUCAAGAUGAAGCGUCGGAGUCAAUCGUCUGAACAAGCGAAGUCGAGAAGCGGUGCCAUCUUGGAACCUCGCAGUCCGGAACCACCGAAAGGCCCCGAGUAUGACUGGUUCGAUUUCUUCCUCAAGGCGGGAGUCGGCCCUCACCAGUGCGAGAGAUAUUCACAGGCCAUGAUACGGGACUCGAUGGACGAAACUGUUCUACCUGACAUCACGGCAGAGAAUCUAAGAACGCUGGGAUUGAAAGAAGGGGAUGUUCUCAAAGUCAUGAAAUAUCUUGACCACAAGUUUGGACGAACGCGCAGCCCAGUCGCCAAUGGUACCGGCAAUGACGCUGCCACAGGUGGAAUCUUUUCAGGGCCCGGUGGAACAUUGCACAACAACACCCGCAGAGGCAGGCCUGAAGCGAAUCGACAGACAAACGACGUGGUGGACCCGGAUGCUUUUACCAAAGCCGAAGCCGAUAAAGCGCCACCUGCUGAGGCGAAAGCCACGGUUCUCACAGAGGCACCUCCGAGGGAGCCGACCGCUGGGUUCGACGACGAUGCUUGGACCGUCAAGCCGCCCAGUCAACCCUCUGCAGCUGCACAGCAACCUACAUCCCCGGCGGCCAAACCACCUACAGGUGCAUUGAAGGAAUUGUCCUUACUUGACGCCCCUCUGCAGCCGACGCCAGCUCAGCCUCCUGCACCCCCUGUCAACCAACAACCGAAUCCACAACCUCAGCCCCAACUUCCGACUCAACCUACUUCCCCUCCCACGGUGCCUUCCAUCCAACAGUCGCAGCAGACAGGCGCAACACCUCAGUUUUUCUCCCAAGUUAACCAGAUUCCAGGGCAAGUCCCAGCUCUAGCGACGGGCGUCCAGAACCAGCAAGUCAAUCUACCUCGUCAACGACCGGCUGCGCCACAGCAAAACUUUACUGGCACGUCUUUGCUACCGCCUCCUCCGCGGCCAACGUCGGCUCCCCAGAACCCGCAACAGAAUCAGUUCGGUCUCCAGCCUUUGCAACAGCAAUUGACGGGAGUUCCGCGCACGUCUGCGUUGCAGGCGCCGCCUGGUCAAAGCCUCAACGACCUAUCGCAACAACGGUUGCAGCAGCAAUACCACCAGCAGCAAUUGCAACCUCAAUUGACGGGCGGUCUAACACCUAAUCAGGGUUUCGGGCAAUAUGGCCUUGCACCUCAACCUACCGGCUUCCAAGCACCGCGCCCAUUUAGCCAGUUUGGGCAGCCUUAUCUGAAUGGAAAUGCAACCGGAAGCCCGUUUGCCGAUCCCCGACCGUCUUUCCAGGCUCAGCCUACCGGAAUGUCAUACACACAAGGUCCGCAACCGACCGGCAUCAAUUCCGUCCUCCCACCAGCUCUACAACCACAACCAACCGGGUUCUCCUCUCCACAGCCACAGAUGAAUGGGUUUGGUCAGGGAAUUCAGCCUCAGCCUACAGGUUUCCCUCAAUCUUUCUCCAUUCCCGUCCAACCCACAGGAUUUCAACAGCCGCUGCAGCCACAGCCCACCGGCUUCGGACAGAUGCCCCAGCAAAACAGUCUAGGGGGGUUUCAGCCGCCGCCUGCCCCGCCUGUCCCUCAGUUACCAACUCUUGCACCACUACACCCACAAAAGACUGGACCUGCUCCGCCCGUGAGAUUUGGACUCACCGAAACCAAGAAGCUGACUCCUCAACCAACAGGACGGAGAGCAAAUCUUGCAAAUGCUACGGCUCAAAACCCAUUUGGCUUUUAG